AUGGCCGAUCAAGGCGGAUCCAACCACGGCAUAGCCCGCACCUCGAGAACGCGCACCGAAGAGCAGCGUCAGAAGGACCUCGAGCGCAUCAAGGACUACCGCGCCCUUGAGGACCAGGUGCGCGCUCACGCCGCAAAGAGCGACUACUCCCCCGACGUCUUCGCCCUCACAUCCAAGCUCCUGCGCCUCAACCCCGAGUACUACACAGUAUGGAACGUCCGCAGGCGCUGCCUAAUCUCUGGAUUAUUGUCCAAGCCUUCGCCUGGCUCCUCGCCCUCGAAGGCGUUGCCGACUUCUUCUCCGACCGCCACUACCACAACCUCUUCCGCCGUCUCCUCCUCCUCUUUGUCGACCGAGACCCCGCCCGCCCUCGAGUCCCAGACAACUGGGAAGAGUGGUACAACAGCUGAGGAGGGCCAGCAAAAGCAGCAGGAUCAACAGAACGAUCAACAAAUACUUCAGAAGGAACUACACUUUACCAUCCCCCUCCUCCUCGAAUCGCCCAAAUGCUACUGGAUCUGGAGUUACCGACUAUGGAUUCUCAAGCAGGUGAUUGAAAGAUUACCGGUCCCUGUAGCGCGAAAGAUUUGGGAGGAGGAAUUGGGCCUGACCUCCAAGAUGCUCCUGCGAGACCAGCGUAACUUCCACGCCUGGGGAUACAGGCGGCACGUCGUCGAGCAGCUGGAAAGUCCAGAGCUGGAAGGGAAGAGCCUAGUCGAAUCAGAGUUCGAGUUCACGACCAAGAAGAUCGAGCAGAACCUCUCCAACUUUUCCGCCUGGCACUCGCGCAGCAAGCUCAUCCCCCGGUUGUUGGACGAGAGAAACGCAGAUGAUGAAGCGCGGAAAGCUUUCUUUGAAGAAGAACUCGGCAAAAUAGGCGAAGCAAUCAACGUCGGCCCCGACGACCAAUCCCUCUGGUACUACCACCAAUUCCUCAUGCUGAACCUCGUCAACUUUGUCGGGCACCCGACCAUCACUCCCGCCUUCACGCAAGAGGAGCGCGUCACGUACCUGCGGCGCGAGAUCGAGGGCAUCCAGGAGCUGUUGGAGGACUACGACGACGCCAAGUUGAUUUAUGAGGCUUUGUUCGACUAUACCCUCUAUCUCUGUCAGCUGCAGGAGAGAAAGCCGAACGAGCAGGAAGUGAAAGACCUCAAGGGGUGGUUGGGAAGCUUGAAGAAGUUGGAUCCCAUGCGCAGUGGGAGGUGGGCGGAUUUGGAGAGGGAUUUGGGGUUGAGGGUGACUAUGGAGGUGUAA